UGUUAUCGCUAGUCUUUCUAAUCUGUCGUGAUGGCUGUCAACGACCAUGGGCAAGAUUAUUGACAAAAUUUAAAAUAUUUCUUUCACUUUUCUUUUGAUUAUUUUUUAUCUAGAUACAAUUUCAAAUUGUGUUGGUAUAUAUUUUUUAUAUUACAUAAAUAAUGUCAUCAUCAGAACACUUGUUCCGAGUGCGACGGUUGUACAAGUUGAUAUUCCGUGUUCACCGUGCACUGCCUCCUGAACUGAGGAUCUUAGGAGAUAAUUAUGCCAGGGAUGAGUUCAAACGACAUAAAGACUGCAACCCGGAGGAGGCUCGAAUAUUCCUAAGUGAAUGGACGGAUUAUGCAAUAAAUCUGGCAAAACAAAUGAAACCUCUUCAACAAGCUAAACGGAAAACGGUGGGCAAAUAUUUGGACCCUCAAAUGUUAGAUUACAUGACUGACGAACAGCUGGUACAAUUGUAUGAAUUGCAUAAAGCUGCAUCAGAACCUAGCGAUGAGUCUGGCGACGUGCUAAAUGUUGAAGAGAAAGAACAUAAUGCUGACAGUAAAAAUAAGUAAAAUUCUUAUAUUGGGACUGUAAAUUCACUGUCCACUGCUGACCAUAGGCCUCUCCUAUAGACAAUUUUUUUAAUGGGUAUAAUUGAAAUGGUAACCCCGCCUGCGCUAUUGGUAUACGCUGGCGGGGUACCAGUAAGAGGUGAUAGGUGAAGAUGAAAGCAGGUCAGGUCAAGUCAACCCAUCGUGUAGAAUUCCGUAAGAAUUAACCAUGUCGGCUUCCAGGGGGAUCCGCGUGGAGGUCGACCUGAUAGGGUGUAUUGCUAGCAAUGGGACUGUUAGAUCCCAUUCCUAACAAUCCCUUCCUCCCUCCCUAUAGAUUGCCAGAAGGAACAGUCCUAAGCUACGCGCAUUUAUUGACUGCUUGUAAUAACCUUUGUGGUUGUCACUCAAUUAAGUAAAGAUCGUUUUAAAUAAUAAUGAACAAACGUUUAGUAAUAAAGUUAAACAACCUAGCUCCUUAAUUGACAUAAAUGUUUCGUGAAACAAAAUGUUCUAUGUAUACAUGGCGUUUAGAAAAUAUAUACUUAAUAGGAUAAUUUUUUUUUCUCCAUUAUUUACUUUUAUCAAUGUUAUUUUGUUCACGAAUUAUGAUACAAAUGGAAAAUAUUGCGAAUAUUUUAAAUUCUGUGAUGCGAAUUAUUUUAUAUGUACAUAAAUGUAAUCUUUAUUCUUGAAUAUUUAGGUAAUUGUUCUUAUAUUUUUAUUUAUUUGAUUUUAGUUGUAAGAUUAUUAUUUAUUUGGAAUUGACAUAUUAUUUAUUGUUUCAUAUCAAUAAGUAAGUUGAAUAAUGAAUGUUAUUUAUUAGUAAGUGGGUCGGUUCUGAUGCAAUAUUUCUUUAUAAUUAUCUCUAAUAAUGUGAUGUCGCAGGGAAAUCUUCAUUGCAAUGACCAAUAUGAACUAAUUGUCUAAUAUAUAGAUGUAUUAGACAAUUGUUAUUUUAAAUUAUAUCUAUAUAUAGUAAAAUAUAAUUUUAAUUUUUGCUUAGUAAUUUUGGGAAACAUUAGAUUUGUAAGUGGAGAGAUAAUUUUUGAGAAGUUAUUUCUCAGAAUUGGCCCUAGUGUCUGUAAAUGUCUACAUGAAUGUAGCUGGCUUAAAACAACAAUAAAAACAAAUUCUAUUUGAUAACAUGUUUAUUUUUUAGAUACAAAAAUAUAAAUUCCUUCUGUUUUAUACUAAGAUAUAGAUAGCUAUAAAGUUUUAACAAAAAAUUUAAGAUAAUAGUGAGUAAUAAUAACAAAAAGUAAAGUAUGAAAAACAAAAUAUCAUAACUCGAUAAUAAAAUCACACUAACUGGAUUUACACAGUCACUAGCAAAUCAUAGAAAAUAUGACUAUGAUUCUUGUCGAAUCCUUUAUACUAUCAAUCAAUAAAUCCUUUAUACAAUCAAUAUACAAAACAUGUAGAUAUAGCAAAUGGUACCGACUGGGUACUAGUAGUAUACUCGAAUCGAUUUACUGAUUUUAUAUCGAUUUACUGAUUGUAUUGAUAUUUUUAAUGCUCAAAUAAUCGUCAAUAAUUAUAUAUUUUAAAAAUAUUUUUAAAACAAUGUUUGUGUCUGACAUUUUUUUAAAUUUCUUGAUUUAACAUUAUUUUUGUGUUUUACAA